CACCAGAACUGGAAUUUCAUGCAGACAACUCAUAUAUUGAUAACUCAGCAGAAUGGGCUCAAAUAGAAAAACCUAUAGAGGAAUUAAAUUUUUCACAAUCCCAAACCUGUAAUGAACAUGUAACCUUAGACAACUUGUUUCAAAACUUUAACAAUACUGCAACUUUCCCAACUGACAUGCAUGUCAAAUCUUCAACCAAAAACAAAUCCUUCGACUCAACUAAGAGUGAGGCAAAUGCUGACUUAACCUCCAAUCCAAUUGCUAUGAAUACAUCUUUAGAGUCAGAUGAAGAAGAAUUUACACUAGUUACCUCUAAAAAUAAAAGAAAUAAGAGCAAAAAGAAGGAUCAGGACAGAAUAGCUGAUCCAAGCAAAAGCAAGAAGUUCCUCCAGUGA